GCAUUAUGCAGCUGUGGUCGAGGGACCGACCCACGCCUGAUCGUGAGACUAACACCAUCAAUGUGCACGUUGUGGGGCGUGACUGACGUUUCGACGGGCAGACUGGUCAUCACAGACGAGACCGUUAGUACUUGGAGGAACCUCAGAGGUGCGAUAUCGAGAUCGGGCACCUUAGUACGUUUGUAAGCCUCGGUAGGCACGGAAAUACCUGGUCUUACGAUUCGUAUGAAAAGUUCUCCAGCAAGGAAUAAGGCCUCUAACCCACAGAUCCAUUGCAAGUGUUAGCAAGCAUGGCGUCUCAGAAACGGCUCCACCUCAAAUCUUCCAUGCAGCCCUUUCGCUGCAAAAUGGCGCCUGGAGAUGUACCGGGGCUAAUGCAGAGGCGAACCCCAACUUCAAGCGUCUCGACCUUCACUCGCGAGCUGGAGAGGGAGACUUCGACGCCUUGUUCAUGGCCGAUCACCGCGCGGUCCUCUCCGAAAUACCUUCUAUGCACGAGCGAGCCACACGGCGAGAGCGUCGGUGCUGGCUUUUGCUGUUAAAGAAGGAUUGGCUAUUUAACGGUCUUGUCGUUGCUGGAACCACAGAGGGUAUUAUGGAUGAGUAGAUCUUGGCCAUUCGAUUGACCUGGUGGCCUUUCUCGUCGACGUCGGUCUGGUUGGUGCAUGCAUAUCUGGUCGAUGCAGAGCCAAGCUCAACAACAUGUAGCAUAGCGACUCGCUAUCAGGAAGUCGUACAGGUUACUGCGGACUGACCACCAGCCUGACUGGCCAGGUGCACACGUCAAAAGCCGGUUUUGCGGGUCCCCAAGUAGGUAUAGGACCGUGCUGUGGAGCCAUG